AUGGUGCAGUACUCACGGUGGUGCAACGCGGCUGUCCCGGUGCUGGUGCUGUCAGCGCUGGUUCUGUUGACGCACGGCGCCACAAUCAAGUUCGACCAGAGUCAGACGGGUGACUACAACCUGCAAAUACACCUGAAGAACAUCGAACUGUACGCGGUGUUCGACGACUCCGGCGGUAGCGACGACGAAUAUGAAGACUUACCUGACUACACGGACGAAGGUCCGGCCAAACCACCGCAGAACUCAUCCACGACUUAUACUCCGACAUCGAGCACUGUGGCCACAGCAGCUGUUGUAAGUACAAGUUCACCGGCGUUGGCGUUACUUGAUCCGUACUCGCCAUCCAAUAGCGACAAAAUUGUUCAGAUGGUCGAGGCCCUAAUCGCUAGUAACGGAAACACUUCCGACUUACCUACAGAACAGCCACCGUCGUCGGUGAUCGCCGUCACAUCAUCGCCGUUGUCGUCGCCACCUCCAUCCGGUCAGUCACCGUCGGCUGUCGCCACAGCUUCCGCAACCGCGUCCGCAACGAAUAGCACGGCCAAUCGGAAGUGCGGACCCGGAUAUUUCAGGGAUCCGAUGGGUCGGUGUCGGCGCAUCCGAAAACCACAUUUACCGUUUUUGCAAAUGGUACACACUCCAGGAGUGAUCAAGUCAUUCCAACCACAGCAAAGGACCACCGAAGACGUUAGUGUGUUGAAAAAUUAA